AUGUCUCAAAGGAAGCUACAACAAGACAUUGAUAAGCUUUUGAAGAAAGUGAAAGAAGGAAUUGAAGACUUUGACGACAUAUACGAAAAGUUCCAAUCAACAGAUCCUUCCAAUUCAUCACACAGAGAAAAGCUGGAGUCUGACUUAAAGAGAGAAAUCAAAAAGCUGCAAAAACAUAGAGACCAAAUAAAAACAUGGCUCAGUAAAGAGGAUGUGAAGGAUAAACAGAAUGUUCUGAUGACUAACAGAAGAUUGAUUGAAAAUGGCAUGGAAAGAUUCAAGUCUGUUGAGAAAUUAAUGAAGACAAAACAGUUUUCAAAGGAAGCUUUAACAAACCCAGAUAUAAUUAAGGAUCCUAAAGAACUCAAAAAGAGGGAUCAAGUCUUAUUUAUUCACGACUGCUUAGAUGAACUACAAAAGCAAUUAGAACAAUUUGAGGCUCAAGAGAAUGGGGAGCAAACAGAAAGACACGAAUUUCACAUUGCUAACUUGGAGAACAUCUUGAAGAAACUCCAAAAUAACGAAAUGGAUCCAGAACCAGUGGAAGAGUUCCAAGAUGAUAUAAAGUAUUAUGUUGAAAAUAACGAUGAUCCCGAUUUUAUUGAAUACGAUACAAUUUACGAGGAUAUGGGUUGCGAAAUACAACCUUCGUCGAGUAACAAUGAGGCUCCAAAAGAAGUAAACAAUCAAUCUUCUAUAUCUAGCACUCGUGCAUCAAAAAAGCAAGAACGUUCUCCGAAGAAGAAGGCUCCACAGAAAGAUGCUUCUAUAACAGACAGGGCGGCGACUCCAGUGGCACCAAUUGUAGAGUCAGGUUCGCAAUCUAUAUCUUCCACGCCAACACCUGUGUCAGCUAAUACACCAUUGCACACAGCCAAAGAUGAUGCAACAAAGCACGAUAAUUCUGCUCUUAGUACGCCGGCUACCAAUAUACCAAUGAAAAAGAAGGAAUCAGAAAGCGAUUCAGAGCAACAACUAAAUUUUCCACCGGAUAGAACAGAGGAAAUCCAAAAAACUAUCCAGCACGAUAUAGAAACAAAUGCAGCCUUUCAAAAUCCUCUAUUUAACGACGAGUUGAAAUAUUGGUUGGACUCAAAAAGGUACUUGAUGCAACCUCUUCAAGAAAUGUCACGAAAGAUGGUAUCGCAGUUAGAAUCCUCACUGUUGAAUUGUCCGGAUUCUUUGGAUGCUGAUUCACCAUGUCUUUAUACCAAACCAUUAUCUUUACCUCACCCAACGUCAAUUUUUUUUCCCAAUGAACCCAUUCGAUUUGUUUAUCCGUACGAUGUACCUCUAAAUCCAGCAAAUAAUGAAAAUGGUACCAACGAUAAGUUUGGUAAAGAUGGUAAAGCAAAUUCCAGAAAGCAUGACGAUAUUUAUUCUAGGACUUCAUUGGCGAGAAUAUUUAUGAAAUUCGACCUUGAUACUUUAUUUUUCAUAUUCUAUCAUUACCAAGGUUCGUAUGAACAGUUUUUAGCCGCUAGAGAACUUUACAAAAAUAGAAAUUGGCUAUUCAAUAAAGUAGAUCGUUGUUGGUAUUAUAAAGAAAUUGAAAAGCUGCCACCGGGAAUGGGCAAAUCAGAAGAAGAAUCAUGGAGAUAUUUCGAUUAUAAGAAAAGUUGGCUAGCAAGACGUUGCGGUAACGACUUUGUAUACGAUGAAGAAGAUUUUGAGAAACUGUAA